AUGACGAAAACCAUGGCGUCAGAAAUCAAAUUUACUCAAGAUACGAUGAAACAAUUCAAUGUAGCAAAAUCGUUCAAUGUGAAUAAAGAUCGUAUAAAUGCAAUGAAUUUUUCACUUGACGGCGAAACCUUGAUUUCAUCGAGUGACGAUGAUUCCAUUGUGAUUUACGAUUGUAAAGAAGGAGAAACAAAACGAACAUUAUUCAGUAAAAAGUAUGGAGUUGAUCUUAUUCAUUUCAUCCAUGGAACUGAACAAGUGCUACAUGGCUCGACCAAGGUCGAUGAUUCCGUUCGAUUACUACAAUUGGAAGGAAACAAAUAUAUUCGAUACUAUUCAGGACAUACGAAACGUGUCGUGAGCUUGAGUAUUUGUCCAACAGAAGAAACAUUUCUCACAUCUUCAAUCGAUAAUACAUUACGUCUUUGGGAUGUACGAAUUCCAACUUCACAAGGCCUUCUCAACAUGCAAACAGCAGCUGGACCGCAUAGCCGUCCUGUAGCGAAUUUCGAUCCUGAAGGCGUAGUCUUCGCAGUCGGUAUUCAAUCGUCUCAGAUAAAACUCUACGAUAUUCGUCAUUUUGAUAAAGGACCAUUCACGACAUUCCGACCAUUGGAAAUGAUGGAUAAUAAUGACAAAACAACGACAGACUCCACUCUUCCAACUGAACAAUGGACACAUUUGAAAUUUAGUCCAGAUGGAAAGAUGAUUUCAAUUGCCACCAAUGGUACUAACUUACAUUUGAUUGAAGCUUUUCAAGGUUUACCUAUACAUAAGUUUACUAAUAUUGUAAAUGAUCGACACGAACCGUUGCAGUGCUGUUUUAGUCCUGAUUCAAGCUAUAUUUUAUGCGGUUCGGGUGAUAACCGUAUCCUAAUCCACAAAGCAGAAAGUGGCGAAAAAGUUAUUGAGAAACAAACGGAACAUACUGGUGCUAUCCAAUGUAUUCAAUUCAAUCCUGCUUUUCUCAUGUUUGCGACAGCUCAUACAAACAUGUUAUUUUGGCUACCUAUGAUCGAUUCGCAACCAACAGACGAUACACCAUCGUAA